UAGCUUUGAGCGUGACGGCGUGAAGUUAAAAUAUUUUCCUUGCUGCCUCAGUUUUUACCACCUACAAAUGGGCCAUCAGGUGCCAGGCGCGGGCAAGGGGAGGAAGGCCCGGAGCCCCGUCCCCGCUGCGCUGGACCACACGCUCCUCCUGACUGAGACCUUGAGCUUAGCUGCAUGUUAUUAACUUAAUAUAACACAUUUUUAAGUCACCUAUGCUUUUUUUUUUUUUAAAUUGAAGUGUAGUUGAUUUACAGUGUUGUGUUAGUUUCUGGUGUACGGCACAGUGAUUCAGUUAAUACUUGUACAUGUAUCUACUUUCUCAUCACAGGCUAUUACAGGCCAUUGAAUCUAGUCCCCUGCGCUGUGCGGUAGGACCUCACUGUUCUUCUGCUGCGUACGUGGCAGUUUGUAUCUGCUGAUGCUCUGAUGCUCCCGGUGGGGCAGGACACGGACGGGGCGGGGGGCCUCCCCUCCCUCGCCACCACCCCAUUCCUUUCCCGCAUCAUAGCUGUUAAAAUGGAAUCGGAGAAAAACUCCGAAUGAGGGCCUGUGCCUUUUGAAGACUCUUUAGUUUUCAGGGAAUAAACUUGGGUCACAUGGCACUGUAAUUAAUAACUGUCAUAAACACUGACACUGUGAGGUGCGUGUCAAAUCGGUAAGUUCUCUCAUAUUGUUAAUAAAAGUUAAAGUUCCACGAAACAGCUGAACUGAAUCCUCAAGGCGAGUAGCUCGGCUCCGAGUGCUGUGGACACGAGUCACAGUCAAAGUGGCGAGGCCUUGGCUUCUUUUUUUGUUCUCCCAAAGGUGAUUAUUUUAGACAUUUUGAAAAUGAAGAUAAGUUGAUGUGGGGAGGGUCUAAAGUCAUGGUGUUCACCAUGUUCUCGAGUCAGUUUCUUUUCACAAAUUUGGGCUCUAAAUAUAGUUACCUCCUGUCUCCCUGGACAUUGGAAAUAGUUAUGUAGGUAAUUGUUAAAUGCAGCUGAAAAGACUAUUUAUCACCCUGAAUAAACAGAAAUCAGGUUCUUAAACCAGAUUGAAAGAAGGAAAUUACAUCACACUUAAAUAAGGAAGCACUGGGCAGAACUGGAUGAGUUGUAUGACAAAAAUGUGCCCCUCCUCCUUGAGUGGAUUGGUCCUCGGCUUAUUCAUGAGGUCUGGCGGCAAGGUGAGCAUAUCUAGGUUGCUGUCUUAAGGGAGCCUAGUCUUUUCAAGAACAGUUUCAAAGAGGCCGUCCUCAAGCAAAAAGCAUGUGAUUUCACCUUAAUACUAAGAAUGUGCAGUGUGCUUUCUUAUGUAACUUUUUUUUCUUAAGGAACAUGGCCUUAAAUUUAGCAGCGAAAACACACAGUAGGUGCCUUAUAACCCGGAAGAGAAGAGAAGGUGAAAUUCCUUGUUUCUAGAAAGCACCAUUGCUCUAAGUAAACAUUGAGUAGCAGAAGCCAGUUUAGAAAGUUGCCUUGUUACCCGUUUAAGCUUCUGAUUUUUGCCCAGUCUCAGACUGCCCAGUUUGAAUUUGGGGAGUGAAUUUAAUGAAAGUUCCCUGCCUGCUCCAAAUCCUAGACUUACUCUAUUAUCCCGGGGCAGUGUCCGCACACAGGAAGGUUUUCCCUCCACUGAUUUAUACUCUACGUGAAUCUUCCGUGUAAUUACUUUUUUUUUUAAUGAGAUGAAUAUUUUCUCAAAAUUCGCAUAAGUAUGUAUCAGAAAAGAAUGAAGCCAGGAUCUGCGGAGGGCUGGGGCUGGGGGCCAGGGUUGGGGGCCAGGGAGCCACCCUGGGAAAUCAGGAUGAUGGACAGGGAACGGGGUGCAGCACAAAAUAAUCCGAGACCAUCGAGACACUGCCCUGGCCUCUCAGAAGGGCGCGGGUCUGUGGAGACAGUGGCAUAAGGGAGGGUCCCGAAGGCCUCACUGAUCUCUGACAGCAAAGAGGAGCAAGGGCAGGAAGAAGGUGGAGCCAGACCGGGCAGCUUUCCCUUAGAAGCCCUCCAGGACCCUGGAGCGGUGGACGAUCUUAAUUCGAGCUGUAGUUUGGGAAUUCUGAUCCGGCCAGUCGGGUGGAAGGGGGAUUUUCAGACCCCAGGCAGAUGGGUACCAGUGAACAGGAGGAAGGUCCAUUAGAGAAAUGACGCAGAAAUAGGCACCGGAACUUGGGAGCUGAACGCAGAUCUCCCGUAACUCAGGUGAAGAAUGGUGCCUUGAGGAGUAGCAUGGUCCUCUCAGAACACAAACUGGUCCGGCAGGGGGAGGGGGUGAAGUAAGUGACAGGAGGAGUUUGGUUUGCAGAGUUGGAGAUGCCAGAGGGCCAUCCAAGUGGAAAGAUAAUCACCAGACAAUAGGAAAUGCAAAGUGGAGGCUCGAGCCAGGGCUGGAGUCAAGAUUCGGGAGCCGUCAGAGCCAGGCUCAGAAGUCCCCGCGGGGCCGGGUGGGAGGCAAAGAAAGGCUGGACGGCCUGGGGAAACACAGGGUUUUAGGGUUUGUUGUUUUUUAAUUCCCCUUGAAUUAAACAAAACCAAGUGAUGUUAAUGGGAAGCAGUAGUUCCCAUCUGGAAUGAGUACUUAACCACAUUUUUGACAGACUCGGAGGCUGAAGAGUAGGUCAUGUAUUUGAAGAGUUACUGUGUCCAAAGUUCCUUAGAUCCCAGUCUAGACCAUGCUGCCCGGAUGAACGCUAGCUGUCAUCUUUUUGCAGUUCCUCCCAGAAUGCCGUCUCCUCCUUGGAGCUACUGAUUUUCCCACAUAGAUACCUCUUUGCAGUCGGUUCCCUAAUGAAUUGUGAGGCAGAGCUAGCUUUAGCCACAGGAAACCAAAUUCGAAACACUGCAGCGUUAGUUACAUUUCACUUGAAGACUGUGUUUCUUUUGAACAUGAACUUGACCAAAUGGAUUGAUUCCCACCCCUGACUCCAGGGAGUGCGCGCGCGUGUGUGUGUGUGUGUGUGUGUGUAGUAUAAAUAUAUAUGUAAUAGUUGCAGAGUUUGGGGAGAGGUGUAGAAGGAUUUCAGGUGGUUCCAAAACCCUCAGUUUAUAGUCUGAGGGACACCCUCUCGAAGUUUGCUCCCAGGCCCCCUGCAGGCUUGCCCUUUUGCGUCUGCAGUUGGACAUUACUUUCCGAAAGGAGAGAGCGCACAGCGACCCAGCCCCGGGAGCUCCGCGCAAGCCAGUAGGAAGUGCGGCCGGUUUCAUAACACGGCCCAUUCACAAUUCCCCAUUGAAAGUGGAGGCAGGUCACCUGCUCUGAAUGCACAAAGACACUAUUGUGGCCACAAGGGAGCUGCCUUGGUGAACACAAUUCUUUUUAUACUACAGGAUUUUUUUCCUCCAGAAAGCUAACAAGUCGGUGAUGGAAACAAUGACUAAAAAAAAUAACUUUUUCUAGAACGCACAAAUAAUGUUAAGGGGCCAUUGAAAUGGAAGUUUAGGAUUCCGAGGCAAUCUCAGCCCAGGCGAUAGUUACACAAUCAUCCUGUUGAAAGCUGAGAUUUAGAUGGCAUUAGGAGGCUGACACACAGUAAUUACUGGUCGUUCUCGUCAGCUUGCAGACAGGUGGGGGUUGGGCCUCCAGAAUCCCCCGCAGCGUUUCCCUGUAAUCGGGACGGGUGAUCUUCAAACGUGUGCUUUCAAACCACUUAAAUGCCAUAUUCUCCUUCCUAUCUGGCCUUCCAUUUUUGCAUCACCACACUCCCUGCAGCCCUCCUGCCGGUGCUUGUAGAUUGCUUUGAAAAAGCACCACAAACUGCAGGGCAGGGACAGGGAGGGAGGGUCUAGCAAUUUUUUCGAAAACUUGGUAUUUUACAUUUUUCUUACAGCUUCCACCUGAUUCUGGUGAAGUAAAAAUACAUUGGUUUUGCUUCUCAUCUAAAAACCCAACAGUGAGGAAGACGUCCCAGUAAUUUAGAUCUGAAUUGAUGGAUUCUUCCCCCCUUUUCUUAAUCCCAUGUCUUUAGAGACUGACUAAAGAAGGAUAAUGCUUGACCAUUUGAAAUAAUAUUUUAAAGCUGUUUAAAUCUCUGCCUACUAUAUUGAAAUAGCUGACUUGCGGAAAGUAAAAAGCUGAGAGAAUAGGUCAUUGGGCCCCUUCCUCCUUACUUUGUCACUGAAACAUUACUCUCUCUCCAUUCCUUCUUAUGUGAAAAAAAUGAAUAUUGCAAGUAGUUUUUUAGAGCCUUAGCUACAGAAGCCCUGUGCCUUCAGUGCUGUUCACGCCCAGGCAACACUGACGAUGAUAAUAAUCAGGCGGUAUUGUCCAGAGCUUCAUCCCCAAACGCCCGCUUACUGAGCACCUGCCAGUGCUCCAGGUAUUGGCAAUGAAUGACUGGGACAUGACCCCUUUCCUGGGCUCACAGUAUUGUUCUGGCAACAAAACGAUGCCCUGUAUGCCCCUCCCCGUGUCCCAGCACACGUCCCACUCAUCUGUGUCAUCCUCUGUCCUCAGCCCAGGGCCCCCAGCUCUCAGUCUGUGCAAAAAUAUUUGUCAAGAGAACACGAAAGCGUCAUAAAGCAUAUAGACACAUCGCCAGAGGGGUCAGUGUGACUCGGAGAAGUUGACAGACGAUGUCCUGAAUUUACUCUAAGCAGACAUGACUAUCUGAGAUGGCAAAGACGGAUGCGAAUGAACACCUCUGUAAUGAAUAUGGAAAGUUCACCAGAGGCAGUGGCGAUGGGGGACUCCAGAACACCUGAUGAGGGCAUGGAGGGGCCCAAAACUGAGGAACCACUGGCUUAAAAAAAGUUGUACUUACCUCACCCCUGUAACCUGUGCCUCGCAGCUAGGCGGGACAGAAAAGACGAGGCACUUCACGAGGGGGAAUGCGGGGAAUGCACUCUUAAGUUUGCCUUUAAAAGGGGGGAGGACGCUGUCCAGGCCUCCGCUGAAGCAGUCAUCCUGCAGAACUUGAUUUUUACGGGAGGAUGGAAAUUAGUGUCUUUGUAUAUAACUCUUUCUUCAUUCUUAAACAAGUGAUAAUUGGAGACCUUGUCUUCCCGUGGCCCACCCUGAAAUACAGAAUCCAAAGAAAUGCUAGGCUCCCGGGUAAUCUGGGGCCGUCCACAGACUCUUGCUUAAUCAAAGCGUUGGGUUCAGUGACUCUUAGUGCUGCAGUAUUGAAUAUGGUAAUUUCCGAAAUUACCUUUUUAUCCUGGGGGAGAAGGAGCCCCACGCCCUGCACAGCCACACUGGAAGGUCGCUUUCCCGGGAGAGGCUGGAGGAAUACUUGUUUGCUUUGGCAAGUGAGCCUGGUUGGCUGUACAGCUGGUCAGCUCUGCAGCAGGUCUGCCGUAGCUGGCGACGGAUUAUUUCUCAUUUGCUGAACACGUUUCAAAUCUUGGAUCAGUAUUUACCCCCUCCCCAAUUCGUUAUUUUUAAUGUCUGCUUUUAAAUACCCUCGUGAAAAGGAAGAAUCAGUGAAUGUAAAAGUGUCAGAAUUGAGUGAGAGUCCACAGUUGAAUGUUUCUAUUCAGCAGCCCCCAGAAUUACUCCUCUUCGCUAGUCCGGCGUGUUUCUGAAUCAUUUCCUUUACUCGCUCUUCCUUGUCACACCCUCUAGGGAAUGAAAGCAACUGGCUGACUACACAUCCCUGGGCUUCACCAGUUUGAAGACAUCCCCGAGUAAGGCACCAUGUCCACGGCAGGAGUGGCUGCUCAGGAGGUCAGAGUCCCGUUAAAAACCGGAUUUCUGCACCAUGGCCAAGCCAUGGGGAGUCUGAAGGCCUGCUGGGGCAGCCGCAGCGAGUUUGAAAAUAGCUUUUUAAAUAUUGACCCAAUAACCAUGGCCUACAGUCUGAACUCUGCCACCCCAGGCCACCUGACGUCCAUCGGGUCCGCGUCCAGAUCCGCCCCGAUGCACAGCAGCCACUUUGCAGAAAGUGGCCCCUCGCGGAAGCCCAGCCUGCCCCCUCUCAUCAUCCCCCCGAGUGAGGGCUGGGGGCGCCAGGAGGAGGAGCCGGUGGUCUGUGGUUUUAAGAAGCUCUCAGUGAACGGGGUGUGCGCGGCGACGCCUCCGCUCACCCCCAUCAAGAACUCCCCGGCCCUCUUCCCCUGCGCCGGCCCCUGCGAGCGGGGCUCCAGGCCCCUGCCGCCGCUGCCCAUCUCCGAGGACCUCUCCCUGGACGAGACCGACUGCGAGGUGGAGUUCCUGACCAGCUCGGACACGGACUUUCUGCUGGAGGACUGUGCGCCGGGUGACUUCAGGUCCGACGGCCCGGGCCGGCGCAGCUUCCGUGGGUGCGGGCAGAUCAACUACGCCUACUUCGACACCCCGGCCGUUUCCGCGGCCGACCUCACCCAGGCGCCCGACCACGCCGCGGGGGCGCCGGGGGCAGACCCCGCUCCGCCCCAGGCCCACCGGAGACUGAGAAGGUCGCACUCGGGGCCGGCGGGCUCCUUUAACAAGCCAGCCAUCAGGGUUUCCAGCUACGUCCACAGAGCCUCCCCGACCUCCGACGAAGACAAGCCUGAGGUGCCCCCGCGGGUCCCCCUCCCUCCCCGGCCGGUGAAGCCCGACUACAGGAGGUGGUCGGCCGAAGUGACGUCCAGCACCUACAGCGACGAGGACAGGCCUCCCAAAGUCCCGCCGAGAGAGCCUCUGUCCCGGAGUAACUCCCGCACCCCGAGCCCCAAAAGCCUCCCGUCUUACCUCAAUGGGGUCAUGCCCCCCACGCAGAGCUUUGCCCCAGACCCCAAGUACGUCAGCAGCAAGGCCCUGCAGAGACAGCACAGCGAGGGAGCGGCCAGCAAGGUUCCCUGCAUCCUGCCCAUCAUCGAAAAUGGAAAGAAGGUGAGUUCGACGCAUUAUUACCUGCUGCCCGAGCGGCCGCCCUACCUGGACAGAUACGAGAAGUUUUUUCAGGAAGCAGAAGAAACACACGCCAUCCAGCCGCUGCCCGCCGACUGCGGGGUCGUGUCAGGCACGGAAAAGCCAGACUCGAAACCAAAGACGGACAUGGGGGGCCACGGGAAGCGCAAACAUUUAUCCUACGUGGUUUCUCCUUAGACUCUGGGGUCCGGGCUCGGCAGAGCUGCCGUAGGAGCAGACAGUCCCCCAGCAGGUGUCCAGCAGGAUCGAGGCCCACAGGAGGGAGGAAAGAGCUGAACUCUCCGCCUGAAAGACGAGGGCUGGGAGCGUCGUGAGGCGCUGUCGCGUGAGGACCACGCUCGGUCGUGUGAGCAUCAAGUCUGUGACUUAAAGAUGUGAUUCAGGGAGAGCAGGAGGGGGACUUCUGUGCACGCACGUUAUAUACCUAUGUAUUCACUUGUGGUGUAAUCAUAGACACUAGUUGCAAGUUAACCCCUUAGUUACUAUCUUAGAGUAAUAUAUAUUCAGAAUGAGAAAAGCUCAAGCUGGAGGAUGGCUCCCAAAAGACUGAAAAUAGAGCAAAGGGAAGCAAAUACAGUAUUGUUUAGAUCAGAAACAUUAAAAAAAAUUUUUUUUUGUUUAGUGUGAAGAUUUCUGAGUCUGAGGCCUGUUAUAUUUUUGUUUCAUUUAUUUUUUACAGACAGUUCUUCACGGAGGGCAGGCCGUCCAUCCUGCCUGUGAUUUAACCUGCCUUGUUUAAAAAUCGUCCCAAGACCCAGAGGCUUUAGGUCCUGCUCUCUGUUUUGUUGAGGGGAGGGAUGGCAGCAUGUUUGGUACCAUAGUCCCACCUGUCUAUGUCUCACAUCUUGAAAAAUGGGACAAGAUAGAAUUAGUAAAUCAUUGUUCCUUACAGUCCCUGUUUUACUCCCCCCAUGGAAACCGUGGGGCGCAUGGAUGCCCAGGGGAGAGCAGACUCUUCACCAGGGUUGAGGAUGUCAGCUGAGGUGAUGAGGAAGGUCAGCCACGUGACUGGGGAGUAUCCAUGUGGGGGUGUGUGUUGUGUUUUUGGCUCUGGGUUUUUUCUCCCCCCUUUUUUAGACUGUCUGAAUAAACAAAUACAACACAAGCUGGCCUUGUGUUGCUGGUUCCUUUUCAGUAUUUCCUGGGGAUUGUUUGGUUUUUAAGUAAAACACUUCUGAUCAAGAGCCCAGUAGGUCACAUCAGCACCUGCUUGCAAGGCCCACGGCCGCUGCUUCCCUCGGAUUCGGCGAGACACAGCACGUGCGCUGGGAUUCUCACACCUCAGCUGUGUUUAUCUCGUGCGCAGAAGCACAGAGCAGAGGCGCGUGCUCGCUCCCGGAGUCGCGCGCCGCUACAGUGUUCACAGGUAAACGACCUGUUUACGGUUGAAACUGCUGAGCGAUACUGUUUGAGCUAUUUAAAGCUUUUAUUUUAGUAUGAACUAAAUGAAGGUUAAAACAUGCUUUAGAAAAAUGCACUGAUUUCUGCAUUCUCUGUACAGUAUUGGACAAAGGAUUUUAUUCAUUUUUGUUGCAUUAUUUUGAAUAUUGUCUUUCCAUUUUAAUAAAGUUAUAAUACUUAUUUAUGA